AUGGAUGUUUAUAAUGGGGAGCAUACAUCUUUUUGGUAUGAUUCUUGGUCACAGCUUGGAUGUUUGAAUGAUUUAUUGGGGAGAGGAGGAACUUUGGCUAUGGGUAUCACUGAUGAUUCACAUGUUGCUGAUGUUCUAGCGGGGCACCGUAGACGAAGACAUAGACUGAGUAUUCUAAAUGAGGUGGAGGAAGAAAUUGAAAAGGUCCGAAAUAGAAGUGAAGAAGAUGAUAUCCCACUCUGGAAGCAGAAUGAAAAUACUUUUGCAAACAGAUUCUCAACAAAGAAGACUUGGCAGUCUAUGCGUCAAGCUCAGCCAGUCUGCGGUUGGAAUAAAGGGGUAUGGUUUCCUCAGCCUGCUCCUAAAUUCUCUUUUGUUGUUUGGGUGGCUAUACGAAACAGACUGCCAACAUAUGAUAGAAUGAAGCUUUGGAACAACGCAGUUGAUGAGACUUGCGUUCUGUGUACAGAGGCUGAAGAGACUUGUCGGCAUUUAUUCUUUGGAUGUAGAUAUUCGGGGAAAAUCUGGAGAGAGUUAGUUGAAGGUAUUAUGGGUAAUGAGUUCACUUAUGAAUGGAAUGAUAUUAUUGAUGCUAUUUCGAGACAGCAUCAAAAGACCACGAAGGGAUUUCUGCUUUGCUAUGCCUUCCAAGUUUUGGUACAUAGUAUCUGGUGUGAGCGAAAUGCUCGUCGCCAUGGGGAGCAGCCAAGGGAUGAGCGUAUAUUUAUAAGUUUGUGGAUAAGACAAUAA